GAAGUGAAACUCUCACUGUCACUGAGACUGAGAGGAGAAAUGGAGCAGAAUCAGCUGGACCGAGAAACCUUCUCCUGUUCGAUCUGUCUGGAUCUACUGAAGGAUCCAGUGACUAUUCCCUGUGGACACAGUUACUGUAUGAACUGUAUUAGAAGCUUCUGGGAUGAGAAGGAGGAGAAGAAAAGCUACCACUGUCCUCAGUGCAGGCAGGCCUUCACACCAAGGCCCGUUCUGAAGAAAAGCACCAUGUUAGCUAAUUUGUUAGAAGAGCUGAAGAAGACUGGACUCCAAGCUGCUCCUGCUGAUCACUGCUAUGCUGGACCUGAAGAUGUGGCCUGUGAUUUCUGCACUGGAAGAAAACUAAAAGCCAUCAAGUCCUGUUUAGUCUGUCUGGCCUCUUACUGUGAGAAACAUCUUCAGCCUCAUUAUGAUGUGGCUCCAUUUAAGAAACACAAGCUGGUGGAGCCCUCCAAGAACCUCCAGGAGAACAUCUGCUCUCGUCAUGAUGAGGUGAUGAAGAUGUUCUGUCGUACUGAUCAGAAGUGUAUCUGUUAUCUCUGCUCUGUGGAUGAACAUAAAGGUCACGACACAGUCUCAGCUGCAGCAGAAAGGACUGAGAGGCAGAGAGAGCUGGAGGUGAGACGAGAAGAAAUCCAGCAGAGAAUCCAGGACAGAGAGAAAGAUGUGAAGCUGCUUCAACAGGAGGUGGAGGCCAUCAAUCACUCUGCUGAUAAAACAGUGGAGGACAGUGAGAAGAUCUUCACUGAGCUGAUCCGUCUCAUCCAGAAAAGAAGCUCUGAUGUGAAGCAGCAGAUCAGAUCCCAGCAGGAAACUGAAGUGAGUCGAGUCAAAGAGCUUCAGGAGAAGCUGGAGCAGGAGAUCACUGAGCUGAAGAGGAAAGACGCUGAGCUGAAGCAGCUCUCAAACACAGAAGAUCACAACCAGUUUCUCCACAACUACCCCUCACUGUCAGCACUCAGUGAGUCUACACACUCAUCCAGCAUCAAUAUCCGUCCUCUGAGAUACUUUGAGGAUGUGACAGCAGCUGUGUCAGAGCUCAGAGAUAAACUACAGGACAUCCUGAGAGACACAUGGACAAACAUCUCACUGACCCUCACUGAGGUGGAGGUUUUACUGUCAGAACCAGAACCAAAGAGCAGAGCUGGAUUCUUAAAAUAUUCAUGUGAAAUCACACUGGAUCCAAACACAGCAAACACAUGGUUGUUACUAUCAGAGGAGAACAGGAAGGUGACAAUGAUGGGUCAACAUCAGUCUUAUUCUAGACAUCCAGACAGAUUCACUGAUUGUCCUCAGGUUCUGAGUAGAGAGAGUCUGACUGGACGUUGUUACUGGGAGGUGGAGAGGAGAGGGAGAGUUUCUGUAGCAGUCGCAUACAAGAACAUCAGCAGAGCAGGAAGUGGGAAUGAAUGUGGAUUUGGAUGUAAUGACAAAUCUUGGGCUUUACUUUUUGAAAAAAAUGGUAAUUCAUUUUGGUACAACAAUACCAAAACCCGUAUCUCAGGUCCUGGUUCCUCCAGAGUAGGAGUGUACCUGGAUCACAGAGCAGGUCUUCUGUCCUUCUACAGCAUCUCUGAAACCAUGACUCUCCUCCACAGAGUCCAGACCACAUUCACUCAGCCGCUACAUGCUGGAGUUGGUUUUGGUGAUGGAGUUUUCAAUAGUCUCAUUGGAGAUUCUGCAGAGUUCUGUAAACCCAAAUAGACAGACUCAACUGAAGGUUUAGGGAGUUUGAUUCUGAUUUAAUUUAAUUAAUUCAAUUAAUUUAAUUUAAUUUAAUUUGAUUUUUACUCCUUCAACAGAUUUUUUCUUGAUCAUUGUUGUUUUAUGUCAGAGAUUGUCAGCACUUGUUUUUCUUCAGAUUUGAUGUUCUGGUUCUGUUGAAUUUGUCAAUUUCUCAACAUUGUUCUCUAAAACAGCUGAUCAGAACCAGAAUAUUUGCUGUUUUUCCCUUCUUGUUGCUUUUAGCAGCAAAGACUGUGAACUCAGUAAUAAAAUGACAAAUGAUUCCCAGGUUGAAGAAGUGAAACCAGUUCUUUGAUCACCUUCUUGUUUGAACACAUUUUGUUGAGUCCUGACUCACAGGAGACAACAGAUAUUGUCUCAUUGUGGACUUGAGCUGAUUUCAUGUCUUGUUGAUUUUUAGGAGGAGAAACUUCACAAUAAAGCUGUCAUGUUUCUUCACUGUUUAACUCUGUUGGUGAUGGCAUACUGCCCCCUACAGGAAGGUUGUGUUGUUACAUGACAUGGAGUCCAGGAAGUGUUUAUUAUUGCUUCAUUAUUAUUAGUUAUAUAGAAUAAAUCUGUUUUAAAUCACUGUAAAUAAAGUUAUUGUUUGAUUA